ACAAUCCUAUUUAAAAUGGACCUAGUAAAUGUCAAUGAAUCAAUUACAAUUUAUUAAAUGGCAUUUGAUAUUGUCGGGAAAGAAGAGUUCAACCAAAUGUAUAGAAUUCAGAAACCAACUAAUCUUCGAGUUUCAUUGCUUUCAUAGGUGGUGCACAGGGACCUGGCUGCGAGAAACAUUUUACUUGCAGAAGACAACAUUGUGAAGAUUUCCGACUUUGGCCUUGCCAGAGACAUCUAUAAGAACAAUCAGUACAUCACGAAGGGGGAUGGUCCAUUGCCGAUAAAAUGGAUGGCCUUGGAGUCCCUCACACAGGACAUGGUCUAUACGAGCAAAUCAGAUGUUUGGGCGUAUGGAAUUACACUUUGGGAAAUGUUCAGCCUUGGGAAGACCCCGUAUCCUGGAUUGAACGGCGUAGAGCUCAUCCGGCUUCUUCAGACGGGGUACCGUAUGGAGGCACCUCGAUUCGCCGAUCAUCAUUUCUACCAAAUAAUGAGGAAGUGUUGGGAUGAGGAUCCAAACAAUCGUCCGACCUUCCCCGUAUUGAGUGCAUGGUUCGGCGAAAUGCUUCCUGAGUUUGAGCGUCUGCACUACAUGGAAAAGUACGAGUUGUUCGAGAAAAAGAACGCAGAGUACUUCCGGACCAAGACGGACUAUCUAAAAUUGAUGCCAAGUGAUACGGAUGAUGGAUACCUGAUACCGUUGAAGAAAAAGUAUGGAAAAGAAGACAUUUCAAAUGCACCCGAACAUGUAAAAUCAGAGAAUUUUCAGCCAAAGAUGGACAAUUUGCCGAAGAUGGCAACAAUAACACAAGACGAUCACCAACAAGAAAGACAGGAACCACGAGUGCAAAAAGAUAGUUCCAGGGCAUAUGCAAACCUCAAAGACGACCAAUUCUCCGGAAACGAGGAAAAUCGUCACAGUGGAUCCGAGCAAACUGAGAAUCCUAUAUUCGAAGAUGACUGUAGCGUUGAAUAUGAAAAACAACUGGAGCAAUGUGAAAACGCCACUACAUCGUACAUCUGACGAGUGGAAACGGAUCGCCCCAAAGUCAAGGAAGAACGGUUAAAACAAACGAAUGAGCAUGCGAUUGCACUCAUUUGUCUUCCUUUACUUU